UUUCUCCUUAAUAUAAUGUGAACUGAAAGGAGUCUGCACAUACCACCAGAACAGUCAGCAUGAGCAGUGAUGAAACAUCCCAGCAAAUGGCCUGCAGCAAAAGACAACAUGACUGUGAAGAAAAGGUUCAAAACAGCAUGGAGCACUUGCCUGCUGAGCUUAUGACCGACUUGAUAAAAGAGAGUGAAGAGCAGAUCAAGGAUAAUGGAGCAUCUGAGAAAAAGUGUGUUGAAGGUGUGCUGGCAGGUGUGUCUCUGGCUCCUGCUCAAUCCCUUUGGACCACAGAGGCCAGUGGAUCAGUUCAACUCCGAAUAGAUGAACUCUGUCCACAGGAACCCAUCACAGUGCAUCAGAUGUUCAUGAACUCAGUUCAGAAAUAUGGGAAUUUGCCUGCUUUAGCAAGCAAGAGAAAAGACAAAUGGGAAAAGAUCACAUUCUCUGAAUACUACAAUUGCUGUCGGAUGGCUGCCAGGAGCUUUCUGAAGUUGGGCCUAGAACGUUUCCACAGUGUGGCCAUUUUGGGAUUCAAUUCAGCAGAGUGGUUCAUUUCUGCUGUUGGAGCUAUCUUUGCAGGGGGUUUAACAACAGGAAUCUAUACCACAAACUCACCAGAGGCCUGCCUUUAUGUGGCUAGUAAUUCAAGAGCAAAUAUCAUUGUUGUGGAUAACCAAAAGCAGUUGGAUAAAAUUUUGCAGAUAAAAGAUAAUCUGCCAAAUUUGAAAGCCAUUGUGCAGUAUUCUGGAUCUCUGCAGAAGAAAUUUCCAAAUCUCUAUUCAUGGGAGGAGUUUAUGGGUCUUGGCCUGGACAUUCCUGACAAAGCACUCGAUGAUAUCAUCAGCAGCCAAAAAGCCAACCAGUGCUGUGUGCUUAUCUACACAUCUGGAACCACUGGCAUUCCAAAAGGAGUUAUGCUCAGCCAUGACAACAUCACAUGGACGGCUCAUCAUGCAAGCAGGGCUGGAGACAUGCAGCCUGCUGAAAUAAAACAGGAAUCCUUAGUGAGCUACUUACCACUCAGUCAUAUUGCAGCUCAAAUCUAUGAUCUGUGGACAGGGAUCCAAUGGGGGGAACUGGUGUACUUUGCCCAGCCUGAUGCCCUGAAGGGAAGUUUGGUGGGCACUCUAAGAGAGGCUACCCCUUCGUCCCACAUGGGAGUUCCUCGUGUGUGGGAAAAAAUAAUGGAGAAAGUAAAGCAGGAAAUCUCACGCUGUGCAUAUCUGAAAAGGAAACUGGUGACUUGGGCAAUAUCUGUUGGUUUGGAGGCUAAUCAAAAAUGCACAAAGGAUGAGGAGAGGUCAUUUCUCUUCACUCUAGCAAAUUCCCUGGUCCUAGAGAAACUUCGUGCCGAACUGGGCUUCUCUUGCUGCCAGAAGUUCUUCACUGGGGCAGCUCCUCUCGGAAGUGAUACAGUCCAGUUUCUCCUUGGUCUCAACAUUCGGUUAUAUGAGGCCUAUGGCAUGAGUGAGAGCACCGGACCUCACUUUAUGUCUGGGCCAGAAACGUACAAACUGUCAAGUUGUGGCAAAGUGCUUCCUGGCUGUAGGCACAAACUAGCCAACACAGACGCGGAUGGCUGUGGGGAGAUUUGCCUGUGGGGCCGUAAUGUCUUUAUGGGGUAUGUCAAUAUGGAGGACAAGACAGUGGAAGCCUUUGAUGAGGAUGGCUGGCUACGUUCUGGAGAUUUGGGCAAAGCAGAUGAGGAAGGUUUCCUUUACAUCACUGGAAGGAUAAAGGAGUUAAUAAUUACUGCUGGUGGAGAGAAUGUCCCUCCAAUUCCCAUAGAGGAUGCGGUGAAAAGGGAGCUUCCUAUUAUCAGCAAUGCCAUGUUGAUAGGGGACAAGAGGAAGUUUCUGUCUAUGCUGCUGACACUAAAGUGUGUCACCAAUAUUGAAACCAUGGAGCCCACUGAUGAUCUUAGCUCAGAAGCUGUGGAAUACUGUCAACAGCUUGGUAGCCAGGCAACAAAAGUUUCAGAUAUAACUGGUGGAAAAGACAAGCUGGUGAACAAGGCUAUUCAGGAAGGCAUUGCUCGGGUCAAUGCCCAGGCCAUCUCCAAUGCCCAGCGCAUUCAGAAAUGGACAAUUUUAAAGAAAGACUUUUCAGUACCUGGAGGAGAGCUUGGUCCAACAAUGAAACUGCGACGACCAGUAGUCCUAAAGAAGCACAAUGAUGAAAUAGAAACAUUCUAUAGAGAAUAAAACAUUAGUCACAGCUUACUACAAACUAGAAGCAACCACUGGUUCUAACAAACCUAACAGAAAUAGCACUUAAAGCUAUAUACCAGUAAUACUAAGUGCCAUUAACUUCAAAAAGCCAGAAAUCUGUUUGUUAGAUGUAUCUUCAUUAUGUGAAAUAUUCCUGUUUCAUUUUCCAUGUCUAUACCUGAACAAAUUAUCAAGUAAAUACACUUACAUCAAAUUUAAUAUGAUAUGUGCUUUUUGUGGCUAUGGUCACACUGGAUACAACUGGUCUUGCAUUACUGGAAACACUGUGCAGUACAGCACUUGCUGCAUCCCUAUGAGAUUUAUUAAUGCAUAUUCCAAAAUACAUUAACAUCUGAAUGAGAACAAAUAAUGAUGCGUUGAGCACAGGAACAGCUGUUUUAAUCCGGUUAAAUUAUGGGGAAAUCACAGUGAGCUUGCUGGAUGAUUCAUAAACCCUUUUUAAUAUUCCAUAACAAUUCAAUAUACCAUUUAUCACUCUUUAUACUUAAAAAAACAACAAAUGUUUACAUUGAAAAUGUCAGUAACUUUAAUGUUUUUCAUCUUAAAUUGAACAAGAUUAUGCUUGCUAUUAACUGAAUGAUGAAGUUGUAAACUUAUGAUAAAAUAUACUGGACAAGAGAAUAUUUCCAGUCAAUAAAUAAGAGAUAUCUUAGGCUAUGCAAUUUCCUUUAGACAGAAAAGGCCUCACAUGAAUACAACAACAAGACAAGAUUUUAAAGAUGUGUGUGU